CCUACUAAGUGCUUGCCUGGCCUGGCGGCGGAUUUUUUCACAUCGACGCAUCUUCCCUCUCUCUCCUCCUCUCUCCUUCUUAGGCGUCGGCCAUUGACGCAUUCUCCCUCCUGUUUCCCGAUCGUUCAGCUACGGUAGUCGGGCGGUAUCGACAUCAGCAGCCAUGCCUAAGCAAAUUCACGAAAUCAAGGAUUUUCUUCUGACCGCUCGGCGGAAGGAUGCAAGAUCUGUCAAGAUCAAGAAGACAGGUGAUGUUGUCAAGUUUAAAGUCCGCUGUCGCAAGUACCUGUACACACUCUGUGUGACAGAUACAGACAAAGCUGACAAGCUCAAGCAGUCGCUUCCGCCAGGUCUCCAUGUCUCAGAUAUCUAGAGGUGAAGUAAUGCGGGCGGGUACUAUGGAAUUGAUGAUGGCAGAAGCCGAGGGAGAAAAUGGAGAGGAUGAAGGAGUUGAUUGGCAACGCCGGUUACUCCGGUUGUCGAGGGUUUGAUCCCCUGUGGUCUAGUUUCAGAUGGGGAUUAACCAGCAGCCAGCAGUUUUGAUCUUGUUCCCCUGAACUCGAGGUUCAUUGCUUUGUAUUCUUCAUUAACGUCUGGGAUGUUUCAAAACAGAAAGGAAAAAAAAAGUAUAUAAGUGCUUGUCCUGGUCUUCACCUGAAUCGCUCCAAUUUUCCAGUCUGUGUCUGGCUGUUUCGGUCGUGCUCUUUUGCAAUUCGCGUUGUUCCUGAGUGUGGCGUAGAAGUGCGUCAGAUUUAGAAGAAAGACUCAGGUGGAUUCUCAAGGGGCAGGCAUCCUGCAACGAGAUACUGGAAGCCUUGAAAAAAAUCAGACUUAAAGAUUGUUUCCCCCUCCCCCCUCGUGUCACCCAUACACACAGAGAUAGAUAGAUAGAUAGAUAGAUAGAGAGAGAGAGAGAGAGAGAGAGAGAGAGAGAGAGAGAGAGAGAGAGAGAGAGAGAGAGAGAGGCGGCCUUUUAUGGUAUCCUUUUGUUGAUCUUCCUCUUUGGCAAUGACUGAUUAUUAUUCCUUUUUGCCCUGCCGGCUUCACCCGAAUAGAACGCCUGGUAGUUAUCGCCGUAUCUGGGCUGAAAGUUGUGCCAAAUACAGCUA